UUGUGAAUUUGUGUUGUAACAGUGUUAUAUAAUGGCGUUAAGUUCGCUUAGUCCGUCGAACAUGCUCGGCGAGCUUGGUCGGCUCGCGAAUUGGUUGAAAGGCGACUGUGUGACGGAUCAGGAGUAUGCUGGGCUUGCUGUCACUGAAAAGUUGGAGAAUGUCCAACUCAUGGACAAGUACAACCUGCGGAACCCUUCCAAGGGCACGCUGUACUUCGCCACCACGCAUCUCAUCUUCGUCGACCAUGAGAUGAAGAAGGAAACUUGGAUCCUCCUAAUGCACAUAUCAUCAGUAGACCGUCUACCGAUCACGACGACAGGCUCCCCUCUACUGGUCCGGACGAAGACAUUCCAGUCAGUCUUGUUCGUCAUACCAAGGGAACGAGACUGCCAUGAGAUGCAUCAGACAUUACUACGGCUUAGUCAACCAGUGCACAUCGACGAGCUAUACUGCUUCCACUACAAGUCCACGCCCGAAGACCUGCCCAAGUCAGCGGGGUGGAACUUCUUCGAUAUACAGACGGAGUUCCAACGGAUGAACGUGCCCAAUGAACACUGGGUGCUCUGCACAGCUAACAAGGAUUAUGAGCUAUGCGAUACAUAUCCCAGUGAGAUCUACGUGCCUGCGCGCGCGUCCACCGCCGUACUGCUCGGCAGCGCCAGCUUCAGGUCGCGGGGCCGACUGCCGGCGCUGGCUUACCUGCACCACAACAAGGCCGCCAUCGCUCGCUGCUCGCAGCCACUCAGUGGGUUUUCAGCUAGAUGCAUGGAGGACGAACAGAUGCUCGAUCUCAUAAGGAGAGCGAACCCAAACUGCGGGUACAUGUACGUCGUUGACACACGGCCUAGGAUAAACGCGAUGGUAAACCGCGCAGCAGGCAAGGGGUACGAGAACGAGGCCUUCUACGAGAACAUCAAGUUCCAGUUCAUGGGCAUCGGCAACAUACACGUCAUGAGGAAAAGUCUACAGAAGCUUGUGGAAACUUGUGAACAGAAUUCCCCCACUAUGUCCUCAUUCCUCAGCGGCUUAGAAUCAUCGGGGUGGCUCAAACAUAUCAAAUCAAUCCUAGACACAUCAUGGUGGAUAGCAGCCGCCAUACAAUCCGGCGUGUCAGUUUGCGUCCACUGCAGCGACGGCUGGGACCGCACCGCCCAAGCCUGCUCCCUGGCCGCACUCAUGUUGGAACCCCACUACCGAACUAUCAACGGGUACCAGGCACUAAUAGAGAAGGACUGGCUAUCGUUCGGUCACAAGUUCACAGCCCGGUGCGGGCACGUGGCGUGCGACUCGCGCGAGCGCUCGCCCGUCUUCACGCAGCUGCUCGACGCCACGUGGCAGCUGCUACGACAGUCUCCUGAGGCCUUCCAGUUCAACGAGCGGUUCCUGCUGACCCUGCACGACCACGCGCACGCCUGCCAGUACGGCACGUUUGUCGGCAACUGCCAGAAGGACCGACGGGACCUUAGGUUAUCAGAGCGGACGUUCUCGCUGUGGGGCUACAUGGCGAACCACCUCAACGAGUACAAGAACCCGCUGUACAACCCUAAGGCGCACCCCGACGUGCUCAAACCGGACCUUAGUGCGCAGAGUAUACGCUUCUGGCGAGGCAUGUACUGCCGGCACGAGAGCGGCGUGCACCCACGCGAGCCGCUCGGCGACCUGCUGCCCGCCGCCGCCGACCACUGCUCCGCGCUCGACCACCACAUCAACUACCUCGCCAAGAGAAUAACGACAUUCAAGAACCUCCUCUCGGGCAAGAAAGACAAAGGCCAGGAGUCCACCGUGGUCAACUACCAGAACGGGAACGGUGACACUGUAGACAUCGAGACAAGAACUGAUCGCCUUUCCUUAGACAACAAGUUAAUCUACGACGAGAGUUCGACGGUGACCGAGUUGGAGUGCGCGAACCACGACCACCCGCUCAAGGAUGCCGCCAAGCCCACCAUACCUCUGAUCACGGAGAAGAGCCACGACUCGAUCCCAGCGAGCCUGCCGCUCCUCGAACGUGAGAUCAACUCGGUGGCUCUCGACUGGCGGAGUUUGAAGCACGUCACUGAGUGUAGCUGUUCCACACCGCUCGACCACUUUAGUAGAAAGGUAAUACACCCUCUUGGCAAUAUAGAGAGCCGGCUCUUUGUACGUGAGAUCAGCUCAGCAGCCCUCGACUGAAGUUUGAAGCACGUCACUGAGUGCAGCUGUUCCACACCGCUCGACCACUUUAGUAGAAAGCACCACUGCUGGGGGUGCGGGCGCUGCUUGUGCACGCGCUGCGUGUGCGCGCGCGCCCCGCUGCCCGCGCUGGCGUCCCCGCGCGCUGCGCCGCUGUGCGCCUCCUGCGCACCGCAACACACGCAGACUGCUCAUUAGUACAUAUACUUACUAUAUAUAAACUCAAUGUGAGGAAAAGCGGCGUGUACAAAUUAUUGCUAGGGCAAACUCUCGUAUUAUUCGUAUGUAGCGGACGAAACGGUAAUGUCUCUCCGUAUAAGUACGAUAGCGAGCCAUUAGCGUUUCGUUCGCUACGGCGCAAAGGAUUGGCAUCUUGUCUAGGCCCCCAGGUAUUUGAGUCGACGCCGGUAAUUUAUACAAAACUAUGAAAUGCCCAGAGCAAUAUAGUUCAAACUCAUACUGUAUAUGUAUAAUAAAAAUUUGAUAAUCAAGUAGGCGUCUAUAAUUGUUUAUAUAACAUUCCUGUACUUAUAUAACAUUGUAGAAAAUAGUCGCUUACAAAACUACUGUCUUUCAAAAGAUUAAAAUUCUUUUAAAAUUUAGUAUGGUACAUUCGACCCAAUUUACUUAAGAAAAAUUUGUGUUUAUUGACCGCAUGCGCGAACAUGCUCAAGUUACAUGCCAGUUACUUGCGUAUGCUUGCGUAUCGUGCAAGUACCUACAGAGCUUUUCCAAGUUUCCAAAAAGUUGGAAAAGUUCUCGAAAAUUCCAGGAAAUAAAAAUACAGGUCACAAACCGAACUUUCAUUUUAGCAAUAGAAAUUCCUAUACAAAAAUUUCUGAAAUUUUUCCAAGUGGACAUUUUGUAUAGACCGACGGCACAUCAGGUACGUGCAAGUAAACGGGUGUGGGUUAGGCGGUUAUCACACUGGUUGCGAUUCGAACGUCGCUCCUAUAUGCGAGUGGGAUGUCGCAUAGCGUUAUCUCGCUCAAACAUCGGAGCGCCGUGCUAAUCGCAUCCAGUGUGAUAAUCGCUUUAUUGUGGAUUCCAUGUCCGUUUUUGGACAUAAUAACCACGUGAACAAUCAUAAUAACACUAUGCUUCCCAGUGUCGCAUUUUUUACUUAUGAAUUUAUGAAUUUUCCUAUUAUUGUUGCGUUUUAUGUAUUGUAUUUUUAUUUUGUAAAGUUGUACCUAUUUGAAUUCCCUUUAUAGUUAAUAUUUAAUGUUUAAGAACUAAUGUAAUGUAUAUUAGAGAUCAAUCGUUAUGUACAUAACUGUGAUGUUAUUAUUUAAUGAUAAUUUAAUGAUAUAAUAAAGAAUAUGCUGAGAUAUA